AUGUCCACUGAGAGAGAGGCCCAAGGGUUGAAGGAAAACACCCAAGAGCUGAAAGGAGAGAUGUCAGACAAAACUGAAGCCCAAGGGCGUGUGGGAACUGAACAUGAGUGUCAAGGAACGGAGGGAAAAAUGGCGACCAGUGAUCCAAGGGGCCAGAGAGAGAAGUCAUUAAAGGAUGGAGCUAGUGAGGCCUCGUCUUCUCACUCGCUUCUCACAAAAAACACUGAGGCAGGCGGGAUGGUGUCAGGUCCCAGAAGGGGCAGCUCAGGAGAUAAGAACUCCACAGAAAGGGACAAAACACAGACAAAUAAAAAGGGACAGAAACCCAAGACUGAAGAUGCUUUUAAACAGCUGUCCAUCUACUUCCCCAAAGAGCAAUGGGCUGAAAUGGGAGACUGGGAAAAAAUCCGAUACAAAAACAUGAAAGAGAACUAUGACUUUAUGACUAAACUAGGUCUUUCUGCUCCUAAGCCAGCAUUUAUGUACUAUGUGCGACAGUCCCGAAAGUCUGCAGGGAAUGAUUCUUCUGAGUCAGAUGAGGAGUGGACACCAAAACCUUUAGCUCUGGAGACAUGCCUGGGUGACACACCGGAAGGUCGCAGGGAAGAUUUACCAAGGAAAAUUGACUCUGAGAAAAGAGACCCUGAGAAAAGAGGGCAGAACAAACCAGGUAGCACAUACAGUUUACGGAAGAGAGAGAAUAAAACAUAUAUGGAAAUAAAUGAACCAAAUGAUGAUGAUUUCUUAUAUUGUGAGUAUUGCUUGAUAUUUUUUACUGAUGAGUGUUCAGUUCAUGGUCCUCCAGUUUUUAUCAAAGAUGCAGCAGCAGAAAUAGGACUGGAAAAGAGAGCCGCUCUCACUUUACCCCCAGGUUUGAGAAUUGGCCCUUCUGGUAUCCCCAACGCUGGUUUAGGAGUCUGGAAUGAAGGAGAAGUUCUCCUUGCAGGAACUCACUUUGGGCCAUAUGAAGGGGAAAUGACGGAAGAAGAGGAAGCAGCCAACAGUGGCUAUUCUUGGCUGAUUACAAAGGGGAAAAACUCCUAUGUUUACGUUGAUGGAAAGGAGGAAACAGUCUCUAAUUGGAUGAGGUAUGUUAACUGUGCCAGGAAUGAGGAAGAACAAAACCUUGUUGCAUUCCAGUAUCAUGGAAAAAUCUUCUACAGAGCAUGUAAAAUAAUCUCCCUUCAUUCUGAGCUUUUGGUUUGGUAUGGAGAAGAAUAUGGAAAGGAGCUUUGUAUCAAGUGGGGAUCAAGAUGGAAAUCACAAAGAGGGAGAGCCCAGAAGCCGGCAGCCCGGCUUCUGCCCUCCCCUCUGGGGAGAGCAGAAAAGACUGCCAUCCUCUGCCCUCCAAGUCAUGUUUUUAUAAAUACUGAGGCUGAGGACGGGGCUGCCCACGCUGCCCACGGGGCAUGGCCGUGCCCCCAAGCCCUGCCCCCGGCAUCAGUGCUUAUAAAAGCAUCUCACGGAGGUUGGCAGUCUCUUCUGCUCUCCCCAGAGCGGAUGGCAGAAGCCGGGCUGUCAGCUCCCGGGAGCCUGGGGGAGGGUGGGUGGUUCAGGGUGGCACUCUCGGGCGUCCUUGGCCCCGCCAACAUCGAUAAUGACAUGGGCAGGGCCAAGGGAGCCUGA